AUGGCAAUUAUUGACAUUGAACAAGUUGAAGAGUUGAGAAAGAACUCACCAUUUUCUCAAUUAAAGAUACAAGACGAUAUAGAAUUAUACAAGAAAACAGAUAGAUACACAUGUCCAGCUUGCAAUAAGCGAAUGAAGUAUUUUUGCUACUACUGCUAUCGAGUCUUGGGAAUGAACCGAUCCGAUGUUCCCUUUGUUAAGUUGCCAAUGCCAAUAGACAUAAUUAAGCAUGAAAGUGAACUUGAUGGCAAAACAACAGCUCUUCAUGCACGUGUUAUUGCUGAUCAAGAUGUAUCCGUUUACAACUGGAAAAAAAUGCCUCAAUAUGAACAACCAGAACGGAUAUUGAUGCUUUUCCCUGGUUCAGAUGCAAAAAAGUUGAGCGAGAUACCAAGAGAUUCAUUUGACAAGUUUAUUGUUAUCGAUGGUACCUGGAAACAGGCUAAAACGAUCGUUCGAGAGACACCGUUGCUUCAAAAGGUACAAAAGGUGACAAUUGAACCAAGGCAGACAUUCUUUUGGCGAUAUCAGGAUAUCAGUGUGAAUUAUCUAUCCACGAUUGAAGCAAUCUAUUAUUUAUAUGUAGAAUAUGCACAGCAAUUUGAGUUGAAUGGGGCUUAUGAUGGAAGAUAUGAUAAUCUGCUAUUUUACUAUAAGCAUCUAUACGAUUUGAUUCAGUAUAGCUAUCUCAAAGGAGAGCACAAGGAUAGGAAGUUUUGCUGGCGGCAUAAGGAGAAUUAUAUCAAAAAAUCAAGUCAAUAG